AUGGCGAUUGAGUUGAAAACACUGAAACCCGGCGGGCUGGAGCCAGAGGCUGAGGGGGUCGAGGAGGAGGUUUAUGAAUACAAACCGUUCAGCUGGAAGACAUGGCAUAUUCUUGUGGUUUUUACUGUGGUAAUGGUGAUUUUGAUCACGGUAUAUCAUGAUCAUCUUGUGGAAGUACUGAGACCGAUAUCACAAAAGAUUCGAGACCUACCGGGUGGUUUCCUUAUUCCAGUAGCCAUAUUAAUUUUGAUAUCUUUCCCGCCCUUAUUCGGUCAUGAGUUGAUUGCUUUGCUGUGUGGAGUCGUAUAUGGACUGUGGAUUGGGUUUGCUAUUGUCGCCGCUGGUACUUUCAUCGGAGAGGUCGGAACAUGGUAUGCUUUCAAAUACGCAUUUAGAAGGAAAGCUAUAAAACUUGAGAGGUCCAACCUCAACUACGGAUCUCUGGCACGAUUGACUCGCGAUGGCGGCUUCUUGGUCGUCUUGAUCGUUCGUUUCUCGGCAGUACCUUCACAUUUCAGCACAGCUGUAUUUUCAACAUGCGACGUCAAGUUCUGGCAUUUCUCCGUCGCCACGUUCCUCACCCUUCCGAAACAAAUCAUUAUCGUCUACUUCGGCGUCCUCCUAGUCCAACAGACCAAAAACAACACAAUCAAUACCGUCGUAUUAUCCGUCACAUUUCUCUUUACAUUAAUCGCUGCGGUUUACAUAUAUCUGAAGAUGAAGAAAACGAAGGUUAUACUUUUAGAAGAGCAGGAGAGCCGUGCGAUCUUGAGACGAGAGAAGGAGAAGGGUUUCGCUUUCGAAUCAAAUGCUGAGGAGAGCGCCGGUUCAGGACACUAA